AACACGCCGCCUGUCGAAGCUAACUGAGCAGCUCAGCACAUACUGACAUCAACAAAACGGAAUUUAGCGGUUUUUGUUUAUUUUUUUUACGCGGCAGUUUGACAACUGUGACCGAAAUCGUUUGUUUGAGCGUUUCUCUUGAGUCUGGGGAAUAAUUUGAUUUGUGACCGGGGGAUUUAAUAAAACUGGACUGACUGAAAUCAUCGGAAAUCCACCGCGGUUUAACCAUAAAACUGCCACUUUUAGAGUCUCCGGUUAGUUUUACGAUGAAUGAAGAAGACGUGAAAAUAGACGUAGCUCAAAUUGUUGUCCACUGACUGUGUCUCACUGGGUCCCGGAUCAGAGCUGGUGGAGUAUUUCAGGGCUCAGAUGAGGAAAGACCCUGACAUGGCCUCGGCUGUGGCCGCUAUCCGCACUCUGCUUGAAUUCCUCAAGAGAGACAAAGGUGAAACAAUCCUGGGCCUGAGGGAGAGCCUGACGUGGGCCACAGACUGCCUGACGGGGGUGGACUCCUCUGUGGCCGUGUCCUCGGGAGGAGAGCUCUUCCUGCGCUUCAUAAGCCUCACAACACUGGAGCACCAGGAUCUGUCACGCUGUAAGAAGGUGAUGGAAGAGAGAGGAGAACUUUUUCUAGAGAAGAUUUCAAUGUCCAGGGCCAAGGUGGCCAAACUCUGUCACACCUUCAUCAAAGAUGGCGCCAAAAUCCUGACUCACUCUUACUCCAGAGUCGUCCUCCGGGUUCUGGAAAAAGCUGCAGCUGAGAAGAAACGCUUCUCGGUUUAUGUGACUGAAUCGCAGCCUGACUCAGCUGGGCGACAGAUGGCAGAAGCCCUGAGAAAACUCAAUGUUCCAGUAACAGUAGUGCUGGAUGCAGCUGUGGGGUAUGUGUUGGAGAAGGUGGAUCUAGUUAUUAUUGGUGCAGAGGGAGUCGUGGAGAGCGGAGGAAUCAUCAACAAGAUUGGCACCUACCAGAUGGCGAUGUGCGCUAAAGCUCACAACAAACCCUUCUAUGUUGUGGCAGAGAGUUUCAAGUUCGUCCGUCUCUAUCCGCUCAACCAACAGGAUGUGCCAGAUAAAUUUAAGUACAAAGCCGAUACCCUGAAGACAGUACAGAACCUGUCAGAGGAGCAUCCGAUGAUUGAUUACACACCUCCCUCCCUCAUCACCCUCCUCUUCACUGACCUGGGAGUCCUCACCCCGUCUGCUGUCAGUGACGAACUCAUCAAGCUUUAUUUAUAA